AUGGUGGAACCUGAACCCAGAAAAAAGAUUCCUUUGGUCCCAGAGAACCUCCUGAAGAAGAGGAAAGCCUGCCAAGCACUCAAAGCCACUCAGGCUAAGCAGGCGCUUUUGGAAAAGAGGAAGCGAAAGAAAAGGGGUCACCUCAAAUUCAGGCGGCUGGAAUCAUUUGUCCAUGAGCCCCAUCGGAUCGUCCGUGCUGUAGCUCGUUUCAGGCGCCUUGAUUCCAAGCCUGGGUGCUUUGUGCUAAAGGACACACACCGUCUGGCUUUUGUGGUCCGUAUGGAAAGGAUUAAUGGAGUGAGUAGCCUGGUGACUAAAACAAUACAGGAGCUUCAUCUGAAGAAAAUGUGUAGUGGCGUAUUGGUUCAAAUGACCCCGGCUUCGUUAAAGAAACUUCGAACUAUAGAGCCUUAUGUAGCUUGGGGGUAUCCUAACCUAAAAUCUGUCCGUGAACUCAUUCUGAACCGAGGACAAACCUGGAUAAAUAAUAAGAAAGUCUCCCUAACAGAUAAUACUCUGAUUGAGGAAUGUCUAGGGAAGUUCGGUAUCAUUUACCUGGAAGAUAUCAUCCAUGAAAUCUGCUCAGUGGGAGAGCAUUUCUCUCAGGUCUCGAGGUUCUUGUGUCCUUUCCCCUUAUCUGUGGCCUGCCAUGCUGCCAAGAAUAAAGUGGGCUUUGUCAAGGAAAUGGGCAAACCUGGCUACCGAGGUGAAAGCAUCAAUAAGCUCAUUUGGCAGCUGAACUAGGCCCAGGAUCU